AUGCUUUGUCGCAAACACAAUCGCGGAUGCAUCUACGAGAAGCAGAGUCGGCCGCCUCUCACCCGGCGCUACGUCGAGAAACUCGAGAAUGAGUUGGCGCAGAUGAAAGCUACGAUCCAACAGAUUAUACCCGAGAAUGCGAUGGCGGACAAUCACAUUAAUUUUGCAACCUCCGUGCAGGCGAGCACCGAAGCCCGUCCCUCAAUGAAUAUAUGCCAUCCCCCCGUUCACUCGGAGCAGCCUGUCCGAGCGGGCAGGCCUGGGGUGCGGCUUCGGCCCCAUCUCUACGACUCGGGCAUGGACAGCCACGUCGAGCAGCAAUCGCCGACUCAAUUUGGCGUAUCUUUUGAAAGUUCGCCAUCGUCUGGAAACUGGGAAUGGGAUGAGCGGACAAGCAGAACCUGUGGCGAUAAAUUCGUUGAUGGGAUGGCCAGUCUAACAAGCAAUUCGCAUGAAGGAGGCUAUCUGGGAGUCGCAUCUGGCGCUGCGUUACUACGAAUUACUGAUCCUGGCUCACAUGGGUCGAGGGGUAAGGUCGACGCGGAUACAGAUAGGGGAGCAGAAAGCUCCAAUCGCUCGGUUCCAAGCAUCCCAUUCGCAUUGGAUUCGCUCGGCCAGCUGGAGCCUUUCGUCGAUGGAUACUUUGCAGUUUUCCAUCGAUCUUACCCCAUCGUGCAUGAAGCCACGUUCCGAGCCCAGUUUAUGGAAGUCAUUCCACGGCCGAAGGCAAACGCUUGGCAGGUGCUGCUUUUCGUCGUGGCGGCGGUUGGUGCCUUUGCAGCCUCCACGGACUCAACAACAGACAUAGACUUAAGCCUUUUUGAAGCGGCGAAGGCGCGUUUGUCUAUCGAUGUACUAGAGACUGGCAAUACUAUUCUCGUUCAAGCCCUGACACUGAUCUCGAAUUACAUGCAGAAGCGAAAUAAACCGAACUCAGGAUAUAAUUAUAUGGGCCUUGCUCGACGCACUGCGAUGGCGAUUGGGCUUCACAAGGAAGUACAACGGUCCCGAGAUAUCAGUCUUUUCAUGCAUGAAAUGCGUCGGCGAAUCUGGUACUGUCUUUACAUUUUCGACGUCGGUGCUAUCAUUACCUUCUCGCGCCCUCUCGACUUCCCCCAGAACGGAGUUGAUGUGGAACUCCCAAUGAACGUUCAUGAUACGGAUAUUACACAAGAAACUAUACACCAACCCCGACCUGCCAACGAGACAACAGCGUACACUCACCUACGAGCCCAGGCCACAUUCCACAUGGCAACGAAUGAAAUAUACUCCAAUAUGAUAUCGAACUCUUUCCCAUCUGCAGCUGAACUUAUUGAUGCUGAUGACCGGUUUAUUUCCCGCUGGCUAUCCACAUUGCCUUUAUACUUCAAGGAAGAUGCCGUUCAAGGAAAGCGAUUCCGACUCUGCCAUGCGAUCUUACGGUGGCGAUAUCGUAACUUCCGGACUCUCAUGUAUCGGCCUAUCCUGUUGCGGCGCGUGAUGGCGCGACCGGAACGACAUGCUCCAAGCAACUCGGACAGUGGGGCAGAUGAAGACAUCGCUAUCCAACGAUGCCUGGAGGCAGCACGCGAAUCUGUAGAGCUAAUUUCGGACUACUGGGAAAAGGAGGAUCAUAAUACAAUGGCCUGCUGGUACGGGCUGUACUUUCUGUUUCAAGCUGUCCUCAUUCCCAUCUACUGCUUGCGCAAUGACCCGCAGAGUUCGAUGGCUGUGGCAUGGCGAAGUCAAAUUUCCAAGGCUAUGCGGACUAUUGAAUCGAUGUCUCGGCUGAAUGAAACAGCAUCCCGCUGCCUGGACAAGAUUCGAUCGGUCUGUGAGCCAUACCUCGACCACUCUGUCGACGGAUGGGGUCUCCCGACCGAGGAGUCUCCGCAGACUCAGAUUGCGAACCUUUAUUCGCUGAUGUGGCCUACCCUGGAGAUCGCACAAAUGGAUGGACUGGAUGCCUCCCUGUAA